AUGGAGGUGCUCAAUUCUCAAUCUCAAUCUCCAACUCAGUCUAAAUUGGCCCUGGAGAAUGUGCUUGGCAUGAAGGGCGGAGAUGGAGAUUCCAGUUAUGUCAACAAUUCUUUAUGUCAGUUAAAGAUGGUUCAAGCUUUGAAACCGAUUCUGGAGCGCAGCAUUCAUGAGAAUAUGAGAUUUGAGUUUAAUAGGCGAGGAAUACUUAGGAUAGCAGAUUUCGGGUGUGGAACUGGGCAAAAUACACUUGUGGUAGCAGACACCAUUGUCAGAGCUCUGCAAUGCUCACUUGAGGAACGGGAAAUGCCAGAAUUCGAGGUUUAUUUCACCGACCUUCCCUCAAACGAUUUUAAUUUGCUAUCUUACUUUGCAGCGGCUGUGUGUGGAUCACAUUUCAAACGUCUCUUUCCACAGAAAAGCUUGCAUUUCUGUCAUUCUUCUGCCAGUCUCCACUGGAUUUCACAAGUGCCAGAGAGUGUUCAACAGAGGAGGUCUCCUCGUGUGUACGUUUCAAAUGAUUGCGAGGGGAUAGUGGGGGCUGCGUAUCUGCACCAGUUUAACACGGACUUCACAGCAUUUCUAAAUGCCCGAGCAAGAGAGAUUGUUGAUGGGGGAUCCAUGUUUAUAUCUCUGGUGGGUCGUAAUGCAGGCACCCAACUAAUGGAGGAGCAAGGAAUAUUAGGAAAUAUUGCGCGCCACUUAGAAUAUGCAUUUGAGGAACUAGUCAAUGAGGACAUUGUUGAAAGGGAGAAAUGGAAAUCAUUCUAUAUACCUUGGUUUGGUCCAAGUUUAGAAGAGGUGGAGAGCAUUGUGAAGAAAGAGGGAUCGUUCGAAAUUGGGAAUAUGAGGGUCUUAGGAGGAGUUCCAAUGCAUCCAAUGACACAUUGGAAACAAGGGGAAGAAAAAAUGUUUGGAAUAUUUGUAGCAAACCAAUAUAGAGCACUAUUUGAGAAUAUUAUAGAAGUUCAUUUGGGAAGUGAGAGAUUGACUGAUGAAUUCUUCUUAAGAAUUGCUAAAAGAGCUUCUACUCAGUUUGAAGAGUAUAUCCCCAAAGAAAUAGAGUUGGUUGUUGCUCUUCUCAUUAAAAAUGGAGCACACAAUAAUUCCUAUUAA